AUGACCUGCUGUAGCAAAUACACCAUCAUCAGCAGCGGCAGUAGCAGCAGCACAACAACAAGCACCACCACCACAAGUGUUCACGUGUGGGUUGACGUCACGGGAGCGAAGCCUGUAGAGGUCAUGCAGAAAGUGAAGGCGAAGAUGAUGACAAACAUCGGGAAGAGGCUCGCGCACCGAAGGGGCAUUUGGGGGGCGCCGCGUGCAGGCGAGUGCGUCCGUACGCGUGUGCGCGCGCGCGCGAGGACCAUCGGAGAGGAGAAAAGGAGGACGAAGAAAAAGAUGAAGAGAAGGAGGAAGAUUGAACUCACCGCUAGACAGAAGCUCGCGGCCAUGUUGUCCGACAUCACGCAGCCAGCAUCUCGCGGCGUGAGCGUGCACAGCGAGGAGGAGCCGUGCGUGCGCGCCAGCCGACACCACACGAGAGCCAGACGAGCAGCUCACGUCGCCGAGAUGGACAACGACGCCGCGGAGAAGGUACGUGACGGCGCCCGCGACGGGAACCCGUCCUCGCCGGCCUUUGACGCUCUGUCACCGCAGAAGUCGCGAGCUCCCGCCGUCAAAACCUCAGCCGGAGGUCAGCCGGACGCCGCCAGCGGGCAGAGCAGCCCCGGGACGCCCAAGUCGCCUUCCGGCCAGACGCCCCCCACCAAAGCGGCGGGCGACGCCCACAAGGUGAAGAAGGUGGCGGUGGUGCGGAGUUCCCCCAAGUCGCCCGGCUCCCUCAAGACGCGACCUCCGGGCUCCCUGGCCGCCGCCCCGCCCAUGCCCGACCUCAAGACGGUCAAGUCCAAGAUCGGAUCCACCAAAAACCUCAAACACCAGCCGGGCGGCGGGAACGUUCAAAUCCUGGACAAGAAGCUGGACCUGACGAGCGUCCAAUCGCGCUGCGGCUCCAAAGACAACAUCAAGCACACGCCGGGAGGCGGCAAGGUCCAAAUCGUCCACAAAAAGGUGGACGUGAGCAGCGUGGCGUCCAAGUGCGGCUCUAAAGACAACAUCCAUCACAAGCCAGGCGGAGGCAACGUGGAGAUUAAAAACGAGAAGCUGGAGUUCAAAGUUCAGUCCAAGGUGGGCUCCCUUUGCAACAUCAAUCACGUCCCGGGAGGAGGACAGAAAAAGAUCGAAAGCCACAAGCUGAACUUCCGCGAGAGCGCCAAGGCGCGCACGGACCACGGCGCGGAGAUCGUCUCGCUGGAGGACUCGCCCACCGGGCAGCUCAGCGCCGUCUCGUCGUCCGGCAGCCUCAACAUGGCCGACCCGCCGCAGCUGUCCACGCUGGCCGACCGGGUCAGCGCCUCGCUGGCCCAGCAGGGGCUGUGA